GUUAGCCCCACCCUUUGUUCCCUUCUUCAUCAACACUGCCUUCAUGCUCUCCCCUUCGUUUACUGCGCACUACUCUCUUCUUCUUCAUCUUUGAUUCUCUCUUCUUUCUUUUCUUGAGAAAAUAUAUAGUUUAGUUUCUCUUUAGGAUUCCAAGAAAAUAUGAGCACCGUUUGUGCUGAGCAACACAAGCUCUACCCUUCUCACCCACUCUUUUCUCCCAAUAAAUCUUUCAAAGAUCUUGAUAUUCCUCCAAGAAAACUCCUUAGCAAGAAAACGUUUCAAGAAUCAUCUCCUGAUAUGUUAUCAUCCCCUUUUGAAUCCCAUCUCCACAAGUUCCUUCCCUGUAAUGACUUGAUCAGUAGUGAUAAUAACCAUGAUCAAAGAGGUUCAGAUGAUCAAGAUUUAGAUCCAUACUCUUCCGACCACUUCCGUAUGUAUGAGUUCAAGGUCCGCCGUUGCACUCGCAGCCGCAGUCACGACUGGACAGACUGCCCUUUUGCUCAUCCUGGCGAAAAGGCUCUCCGAAGGGAUCCCCGCAAGUAUCACUACUCUGGGGCGAUCUGUCCGGAGUUUAGACGUGGUGGAUGUAGCCGUGGGGAUUCCUGUGAGUUUGCUCAUGGUGUUUUCGAGUGCUGGUUACAUCCUUCUCGCUAUAGAACUGAAGCUUGUAAAGAUGGCAAGAAUUGUAAACGAAAGGUUUGCUUUUUUGCCCACUCUCCUCGACAACUGCGCAUUCUUCCUGAGGUUUCUUGCGGAGCUAUUAACAAGUAUGAUAAGCAUACCCAUUCCUGCUGCUUAGCUUGUCAUUCUGUGAUUUCUUCUCCUACUUCUACUUUACUAGGUAUGUCCCAUGUGUCACCACCAUUGUCUCCUUCCUUAUCACCGCCUUUAUCACCGGUGAAACAGCGAUCCUUAAGUGGGUUUUCACCUAUUUAUCGGUAUAAUGAUCGUUUGAGCAAACUCAGGUCUGGGAUCGUGAGCUAUAAAGAUGUGUUAACUGAGCUCAUGAGUUCUUUAGAGGCUAUGAAUUUCAGUGAAGCUGCAGCUGCCACUUCACCAGUUUCUGCAAGUACUAUUAAUAGACAUAUUAACGGUACUAUUCCUUGGAUUGAUAUUGCUUCUCUGAAUGGAGAAGAUUAUCAGCAACAACAGUUCAUUCUUUCACCUUCAACUCCAAAUGGGAGUUUUUUCAGUGGAGAUUGUUCUUCAAGCAACAAGGGAUUUAUUAACAAUGAUACUGAUCCUGACAAGAUUAAUAACAAUGGAGGAGUUGCUGAUCCUGAUAUUGGGUGGGUUAAUGAGCUUUUGAUGUAAGAGAAAGACGAGAUAUAACUUGCUGAUCCUGUUCUUGGUUCUUGGUUCUUGAUUCUUGGAUGAAGAUGAAGAUGAAGAUGAAGAUGAAGAUGAAGAUGAAGAUGAAGAUGCAUGGUUGAAUGUGUAUAUAGAGGCUCCUGGCACCAGCGGUAUAUAUAUAUAUAUAUAUAUGACCACUAUAUAUAUGAGAUUUGGUGUAAAUUAUUGGGUAUUAUUUGCUUUUUUAAUUUCUUUUAUUUUCAAGUUCUUGAUUUUUUGUUCUUGAUCUAUCUUCAUAUUGUCAAAAUUUUAAGUUUAUGGAGUUCUGUAUGUUUCUUGAAUUCUCUUGAAGAAGAAGCAACCUUUGAAUCUUUAAUGAUGUAAGAUGAAAUCAAUGGAAAUGAUCAAACCUUUUCUUUUGUUA